CCGGACGGAAGUAGUGGUGCACAUUACAACACAAACAACACUCUGGAUGGCGAGCGAAACGUUGAAUGUGGGAGCACGUCGGAGGGAACUUUAAAUCCAUUGUAUUACUGGUCGUCUAUAUAAGCAGUAAACCAUGCCUACUGUGAUUCUAAUGGACGUGUCUUUGUCCAUGACACGGCCUGUGUCACUGGACGGCAGCGACGAGUUUCAGAGGAAGAACCUGGCUGUCCACGGACUAAAUAUGUUAUUUGAACACAUGGCCUCAAACUACCGCUUGGAGUUCACAUCAUUGAUGGCAUUUUCUUCGCUUUGGGAGCUCUUGGUGCCUUUCACCAGAGAUUACAAUGCAUUACAGGAGGCUCUGAGCAACCUGGAAGACUAUGACAAGACCUGUGUUGAAUCAGCUCUUAAUGGCGUUAGUAACGUGGUACAGCAGGAGUGGGGCAGUGCCUGUCCCUGUCAGUUGGUGCUGGUUACUGAUGGAUCUCUUGGUAUUGGAAAGGGUUCCCUACGUCACUCCCUCCAAACACUGAAGCAUCGUGGGGAUGACAAGAAGUUCCCACUUCCUUUCCCCUUCCCCACCAAACUGUUCAUCAUGUCUGUAGCCAAUGCAGAGGAGUUACAGAUGACUGAUUCCAUGGACAACUUGGAAGAGCUACUUCGUCUCAGCGGAGGUGAUGGACAGAUCUUCACUAUGGAAGGACCACUUUGCAUGAAGAGUGUACAGGCCAUGUUUGGGAGGCUGAUUGAUCACGCGUACUCUCCCUUCCAUGCUGUCCUGCACUGUGGGAACUUGUCCUCAGAUGUUCAAGUCUUCCCUCGGCCCGAGCCUAUAGUGAUGGAUGAAGAAGUGGAGCCCAUGCCCCGAUCAGUCAAUACAGAUUUGGAAUUAGUGGGCUUCAUUGAAAUUGCUGACAUAUCCAGUCCUCCUGUUAUUUCCAGACACUUGGUACUGCCUAUUAAUGUAAACAAAGAGGUGGAUGAAGUUGGCACAGGAGCUACAGAUGAGCUUGAGGAGGAACCCUCUGCUAGUCAAAUGGCAGGCAAAAGUCCAAACUUUUGUGUACUUUUACAUGGAAGCCUUAAAGUGGAGGGCAUGGUAGCACUGGUCCAGCUGGGGCCAGAGUGGUACGGCAUGCUGUACUCCCAAGCAGACAGCAAGAAGAAGUCGAACCUGAUGAUGUCUCUGUUUGAGCCGGGGCCGGAGCCUCUGCCUUGGCUGGGCAAGAUCACACAUUUGGGACCAAUAUCAGAGGCAGCUGAAAAUCCCUAUGGCGAGGAUGACAGUAAAAGUCCUUUCCCUCUGCAGCCCUCGGUCAAACGAAGCUAUGCCCAGAAUGUCACUGUGUGGAUUAAGGCCAGUGGACUACAGACUGAUGUGCAGAAGAUCCUGAGGAAUGCAAGGAAAUUGCCCGAUAAAACUCAAACCUUCUACAAGGAGCUGAACCGUCUUCGGAAGGCUGCUUUGGCGUUCGGUUUCUGGGAGCUCCUGAAAGGAGUGGCCGACCUGCUAGAGAGAGAGUGCACCCUGCUGCCAGACUCGGCCCAUCCGGAUGCUGCUUUCCAGCUCUCCCAUGCCGCACAGCAACUUAAACUGGCCAGCACUGGUGACUCCCAGUAUGCUGCCUUUGAUCACAAUAUUGCUCCCAUGCACACGGACUUCUCCAGCUGAGCCACGUCUGACUAAAUAUGUCGCAGCCUCAGCCUGUGUGGAUCAACGUUCAGACAGCACCUGUGUGUGUGUGUGUGUGCGCGCUUAUUGUUGUUUAAUGAACUCAUCAAAGGUGCUUCAAGAACCUAAAUGAGUCGGAUUAAUAACUUACACUCAUUUGAAACUGCUUAAAAAUGGCACAACUUACAUAAUGUUUGUAAAAUGUUUGUGUGUACAUAUUUUUUCACAUGUUCCUUUGUAGGACCUUUUUCACAAAUUGACCAGAUUUAAAAUUUCAUUUUUAUUCAGUGUCAAAUAACAUUUACAGGAAACCUAUGAAAUGACUGUUAAUGUUGUCAUUUAAAAUUCAUGUGACAAAUUUUACACAGCAGGUUAUUAUUAAGCAGAAGGGACACACAAUGUAUUCCCUGAGGUUUGUGAGACGUUUCAGAAAUCUGGAGUGAUGACAAAUACAGUAUUUGUUGAGAACGUU